AUGGCUCCAACCACGGCCGCCCAAGACGAAUUCAACCAGCUUGUGUCUAAUCAUACUGCUCGUGCCGCAACACAUCCCGAAGACAAGCACGACAACAACGAGUCUGACCAGGACCUCAGCGAGGAGGAGACAUAUCGAAACGCCCAGAUUGACGCCAACAUGCGCAUGCCCACCGCUUCGUCAGAGCUCAAGCUCCCUCCUGCUUCAUUUGACAGCGGACGCUUCACCGGUGUCAAAGGUGUCAUUGCCGAUGCUCGCAGCUACGAGGCCGCGCGCAAGACCAAAUGGAUCGAUCGUGCCCGCAGCGCCCGUCGAAGCAUCCUCGGCUUCGCUGGUGUCGCCCCCUCCACCGGCAACAGCGUUACCAUCACUGGCGGCGCUCGAUCCGACAGCGAUACAGACGACGACGCCAAGAGUCAUUCUGACGACGAGUUCCUGAGCGAGUGGCGCGAGAGUCGCCGGCGGGAGCUCGAGAGUGCCGCCAACCGCGCCGUACGUACGAGAAGAACGAGCCCAAGUGUGCGCAUCUAUGGCCGCUUGGACGAGGUAGAUGCCAUGGGCUACCUCGACGCUAUUGAAAAAGUCAACCGUGAAACGACGGUACUUGUUUUUGUGCAUGACAAUGAGUGCGAGGUAUCAGCGACAAUCGAAGAUGCUCUCAUGCCUUUGGUACGCGCAAAUCCGACAACGCAUUUUGUCAAGGUCCACUACGACGACAUUGAAUUUGAUCCGGCAGCCGUACCUUCACUACUGGCCUAUCGCAACCAAGGUGAUCUGGUGGCCAACAUGACGGGCAUCAUUGAGAUGAUGCCAGACGACGAUAGCUUCGAUUCGGCCUCUCUCAAAAGAAUCCUUCAGCAGCACCGGGUGCUGUAA